CUGUCGACCGUAUGGUUGUGGCUAAGAUGUAACCCUGGGAAUAAUAUAUAUUUCAAAGUGUCGCCCGUCUCGAACAUGAUAAAAAGUAACACUUCAAUAUAAAUGGAAAGAUCAAUUGAUGUGUUUCUGUAGAAACAUUAAUCUACCGAUCUUUCGUUUCUGCACAAAUAACAUUAAAAAAUAUUAUAAUUGAGGAUAAAAAUGCCAGUAAAGCUCGUUACACCGAGCCGGGCGGGCUUGAUCAUCUCGACAGCAGCUGUGGUGUCGUUGAUGCAAUUGGCUUUCAUUUCACCCCCACCUUCAUCUUCAUCUUCACUGGAUGUCGGCCGUCAAACCUACUUGGAGAAGGCCUUGCGCGGCCCCAUAGCUCAAGACGACCCUCUGCUGCUGGAGUGGAUCCUGGACAAAACCGCGCCCCCCUCGCGGGAACCAUACAACCUUAAUUAUUUCUUCAGCGGACUGUCGGAUGAAUUCAACUCUUCCAACCCGUACAGUCCAUCACAGGAGUUCAUCUUGGAACAUAUUGAGAACUUCUUCGGGGCUCAGAUUAACAUGCCCUUCGUGUUCGUGGAGGCUGGGGCGUACGACGGAGAGUUCCUCUCUAACACCCUCAUGCUGGAGAAGGAGCACGGCUGGCGAGGCCUCUUGAUCGAACCUAACCGGAAAAGCUUCGAAAAAUUGCUUGCUAAACACCGCAAGGCGUGGGCCAUCAAUGCUUGUCUCAGCACCAAUCCAUUCCCGUCGCAGGAAUCAUUCACAACAGUGGAAGCGAGCGGAAAAAUUGACUUCAUUGCAAACGCGAUUCCUGGGGCGAAGCCUGGGCCGAACGGCAUGAACGACACCGGCAAGGCGUCUUCUCGCCUCUCCAGGUUCUAUAACUAUUCUGAUGACACGUUGAGACCAGCAGGCCGGGAGACCGUGCAGUGUCUCCCUCUCUACUCCAUCACCCGCGCCCUGAACAUGAACCACAUCAACUUGUUCUCCCUGGACGUCGAGGGCGCUGAGAUGGACAUACUCAAAACUAUACCGUGGGGCGCUCUUACAUUCACGAUGUUGGUCAUAGAACAUAUUCCAGGAGAUACGUUACUGGUAGAGUUCAUGGAAUCCAAAGGCUAUGCUCUCAUAGCCCAUCAAUAUCCAGACUAUAUCUUCGUCGUCAAGACUGCAGUCAAAUUCCAACUUCCAAUCUCACCAGGAAACAGACGCAAGAAAUUCUGGAAGACAUCAAAAAAGUUAUUAUGAUCUGGAAAAUAGCUUCGCCAAUAAGAGUUACGUCAUCGAAGUGAACUUCCAUGGGAGAAGUUGUUAAGUAGUCGAGUGAAUCGUCUAAGUUGUGUCAGGAAUGAGAUUUUUAAUUUAAUUCAAUUUCUACAAUUAAAUUAAGUAGCCAAACAAAAAAAAAACAUUUAAAUAAUUAUUGAAAAUUUAAUCACCAAAAUGAUGAAAGAUUCUCAUGUCCUUAUAUAAUGAUCCAGCUUUUGAUCGACAUGGAGGGCUGUGAGGUGAACCUAUAAAUCAAAAAUGACUUAGUCACAAAUCAUGACCGCUUCACUACUAUAUUCCUCCGCUAUAAUUAACUGCAUCAAUUUAUGUCUAUCUUAUGAAAAUUUAGUUAAUA